GCAAAGGUUACUAGUAAUGAAGAGGCAGGGCUGAUUGGAGCAUUCAAAGAUGGUGCUAAAAGGCUUGCAAUGACUAUUGAGAAAGCUGGUUCAGAUGACCUACCACCUGACUUGCUUCAAACAUUGCAAAGUAUUCCAGGUUUUGAUGACACACACAAGGCCUUUUACUUUGCAUAUCUAGUGAAAAAUCCUGGAUUGGUAAGACAGUUCCCUACUCUCCCAUUGACAUAUCAGAUAAGUUUGCUUGCUCGGUUCGUUAGUGAGACCUUUCCUUAGAUUAUGAGGACCGGUGAUUAGGACUAUGCUGGAGGUUAAGUGGAAAUUAGAACUAUGUUGUUCUUUUGUUAUGUAAACCAUGGCCAAUACUUUGUUUUCAAGUAUUGGGACUGAAAUACUGGCUUUGCUAUGUCGAAAUACUGGGUUUGUUAUGACCAACACGGAUGCUCGGUUUGUUUGUUUUGAAAUACUGGUUUUGAGAUUCAUUGUAAUAGUGUAUGCUCAGUUUGUUUGUUUUGAAGUACUGUUUGAAAUAUUGUUUUGAAAUGCUGUUUUUAUAAUGGUGUAUGCUCGAUUUUUUGUAUUACUAUAUUGUAAUAUUGUGUUUAACAUGAAAUAUUGCGCCCUCUUCUUGUAUUAUUCAUAAACUGAAAAGGCGAGAACUGACCACUGUUUAUAGAACAAAUAACAUUUGUGAAGCUGAAACUGGGUUGGUUCCAUCAACCAGUGACAACCAGCAUCCAAACAAAAACUGGGUUGGUUCCAUCCAAGUUCAUCCCUUCUACCAAACAAAAAAAGUGGUGACUAUUAGGGAUGACCCUACCCCAAAUCAGGGAUGACCCUACCUCAUCCCACUUUGACCUUAAACCAAACACACCCUAAAAGGAGCUAAAUGUAGGUCAAGGAACCCUAUUUUACACUCAUACCUUCAAAUCCCAUUCUCUCAGUACGAGGAACAUGUGUGUUUUUUAUUUUAAUAUAAUAAACUUUAUUAGAGUAGUCCAAACAAUCUAAACUUUAAUAUUUUAAUUCACAUGGUUACUCGUGAGAUUGAAACGGGGCCACAGUCUCCACCGAACUCUGCAGCAGAUCCAUCGCUCUCAGCCAGACCACAUAUCGCCCUCGUCGUUAUCUAGGUCACCGGUCGUGUGCCGCCGCCGCCGCCGCCGCCCGACGCUCUCCGUGGAUAAGGUCAGUCCGGCCACGCAUUUUAUUUCCGUCCAAGAAAGGCAGCGCCGCAAGCAACCGGACAGGAGCAGUCGAAUCCGGCAAGUUAAAGGAAACUUAAAAAGAAAAGGGAAGUAAAGACCGGGCGCGUCACUGGCAUCAAUCGGCAUCAAUCCUCCCCUGCGGAAGGGAAGGAAGCCAGAAUUGGGACGCAACCUGAGCUGGAAAGUUGGGCCUUUUCCUUCGAAAGGGACGGGGCCGCGGCGAACCGGGGCGGCAAGAUCGCCCUUGGACAGUUCUUGGUAGGCGGAGAGAGAUAUUAUAUCAUAUUCUGAUAUCACUCACCUACCCGGUCUGCCGUUCGCCUAUAAGAAGACCGGAGGCGAGGAGGGAGCUCCCUCCCUCUGCAAGUACAAGUUGUCCUGUAUUUGGUUUAGUUUGCGCUGCUGUAUUUGUUCAGGGUUUUGGUCGCGUGUUGAGGAAAGAUUCGGGGUUCUUGAAAGGGAAAUUUGGUGAACUUGUUUGGAUUUAAGGGGCAUAAUAAGAUAAGUAGAUGGUGGUUGAGUAUAUUAUUGAGUGAAACAAAUGGGGUCAUCAAGGAAUGUGCCGCACAAAGUGAUGCAAGAUGAGAUCACACCUCUUCUCCCGAUCAAAGCUGAGGAGGAUGCAGUUCAUGAGUUCGACGGAGCUUCUUUCUCUGGCGCGGUCUUCAAUCUGUCAACAACCAUUGUAGGAGCUGGAAUCAUGGCUCUGCCUGCGAGUAUCAAGAUGCUAGGCCUUAUACCUGGUAUUCUAAUGAUCAUCCUUGUGGCACUGCUCACCGAGACAUCCAUUGACAUGCUGGUCAGGUGCAGCCACCAGGGCAAGAUUACAUCCUACGGCUGGUUGAUGGGUGACACAUUUGGUCAGUGGGGGAGAAUUGCGCUACAAGCAUCGGUGGUGAUAAACAAUGUCGGCGUGUUGAUUGUAUACAUGAUUAUUAUUGGUGAUGUCCUAUCAGGAACAUCGUCAACAGGUGUUCAUCACAGUGGCGUAUUGGAGGGGUGGUUUGGACCUCAUAUGUGGAAUUCUCGUCCCAUUGUACUCCUCGCUACAACUCUUCUUGUGUUUGCUCCAUUGGUGAGCUUUAAACGUUUGGAUUCAUUGAGAUACACAUCUGCACUAUCAGUUGCUCUUGCUGUGGUUUUUGUUGUCAUCACUGCCGGGGUUGCUAUUGUCAGACUCAUCCAAGGAACUGUGGAGAUCCCCAAACUGUUUCCUGAGAUAGAUGGAGUUAGUUCUGUCUGGAAACUGUUCACAGCUGUGCCUGUUCUUGUCACUGCCUACAUCUGCCACUACAAUGUUCACAGCAUCGAUAAUGAGCUGGAGGACAAAACUCAGAUUAAACCAAUUGUGCAAACUUCUCUGGGACUCUGCUCAAGUGUUUACAUUGCAACAAGCUUCUUCGCAUAUCUCCUCUUUGGCGAGGCUACCUUGGCUGAUGUGCUUGCCAAUUUCGACUCUGACCUUCGCAUUCCGUUGAGUUCUGCCUUCAAUGACAUAGUGAGAGUGAGCUAUGUCGUCCAUAUCAUGCUUGUCUUCCCUAUUGUAUUCUUUGCCCUUAGGCUCAACUUGGAUGGAUUACUCUUUCCCACCGCAAGGCACAUUUCCGGUGACAACAAGAGGUUCACCAUUAUCACCAUCUCACUUAUUGCUGUAAUUUAUCUUGCUGCCAUCUUCAUACCAAGCAUCUGGGAUGCUUUCCAAUUCACUGGCGCCACAGCUGCUGUGCUUAUCGGUUUCAUCUUUCCUGCCAUGAUUAUACUAAGGGACCCAUAUGGUGUUUCAACCAAGCGUGACAAGGUUUUGGCGGUAACAAUGAUUGUGCUUGCUGUGGUGUCCAAUUGUGUGGCCCUGUACAGUGAUGCGUUCAACAUCUUCUACAGGAAGCAGGAGGCCUAGAGCCCAUACCUCAGGGGAAGAGAACCUCUUUGUACAGGUCAAGGGUGAUUGUUGAGCUUCAAGUAAGCUACUACUGAGCAGCAGUACCACGAAUCUCAUGGUGGUCAAUAGUUUUUGUUUGGUCACUUCGAAGAAACUUUGGUUUGCUGCGAAUAUUUGUCUAGUUUCCUGAACAUAAACUGCCUCCACAUCUGGAUGGGACCACGUGUGCUAUGAUCACCCGUGGAACAAUUUUUUUCUUGUAAUGGAUGAUUGAAAUAGCUGUAUAUAAAUAUAUAAUAAUAUGCACCGAUGCAGUAGCAAACUGAAA